GAACUAAGUCUUUGCCUAUUUAAGAAGAGCUAGUCAGGGCCUCCGCUAGUGUCGUAGUGUGUGUUGCAGAUCCUUCACCUGCCGUCCUUGCAGACCCGCACCCUGCCAUAGCAAUGUGGGAAGUCUGCUUGCUGCUGCUGGGCCUUGCCCUCCAGGUGUCCCCGAGCGUCAUCCCAGUGGAGGAGGAGAACCCGGCCUUCUGGAACCAGAAGGCAGCUGGGGCCCUGGAGGCCGCCAAGAAGCUUCAGCCCAUUCAGACAUCAGCCAAGAACCUCAUCAUCCUCAUGGGAGAUGGGAUGGGGGUGUCCACAGUAACUGCUACCCGGAUCCUAAAGGGACAGCAGCAAGGCCAUCUGGGACCCGAGACACAACUAGCCAUGGACCGAUUCCCACACAUGGCUCUGUCCAAGACAUACAACACAGACAAGCAGGUCCCGGACAGCGCAGGCACAGGCACUGCCUUUCUCUGUGGGGUCAAAACCAAUAUGAAGGUCAUCGGCUUGAGUGCGGCUGCUCGAUUUAACCAGUGCAAUACAACGUGGGGCAAUGAGGUCGUCUCCGUAAUGCACCGUGCUAAGAAAGCAGGAAAGUCUGUGGGAGUGGUGACAACCACGUCGGUGCAGCACGCCUCUCCAGCCAGCACCUACGCACACACCGUGAACCGUAAUUGGUACUCGGAUGCACAAAUGCCCGCGUCAGCACUGCGGGACGGCUGCAAGGACAUCGCUAUACAGCUCAUCUCCAACACGGACAUUGAUGUGAUCCUCGGUGGUGGCCGCAAGUUCAUGUUUCCCAAGGGGACACCAGACCAGGAAUAUCCUACUGACACUGAGCAGGCUGGAACCAGGCUGGAUGGACGUGACCUAGUUCAAGAGUGGCUGGCAAAGCACCAGGGGGCCCGGUAUGUUUGGAACAGCACGGAACUCUUUCAGGCAUCCCGGGACAAAGCAGUGACUCACCUCAUGGGCCUCUUUGAACCUAACGACAUGAAAUAUGACAUCUACCGAGACCCUACUAUGGACCCUUCCCUGGCCGAGAUGACAGAGGUGGCUGUGCGCAUGCUCAGUAGGAACCCCAAAGGCUUCUAUCUCUUUGUGGAAGGGGGCCGCAUCGACCAUGGCCACCAUGAAACUGUAGCCUACCGUGCACUGACUGAGGCUGUCAUGUUCGACUCAGCCGUUGACAAGGCAGACAAGCUCACCAGUGAGAAGGACACGAUGAUCCUCGUCACUGCUGACCACUCUCACGUCUUCUCGUUUGGUGGUUACACACAGAGAGGGGCCUCCAUCUUCGGGUUGGCUCCCUUUAAGGCUGACGAUGGCAAAUCCUUUACCGCGAUACUAUAUGGCAACGGUCCCGGCUACAAGCUCCAUAAUGGCGCCCGGGCUGAUGUCACAGAAGAAGAGAGCAGCAACCCCACCUACCUGCAACAGGCGGCUGUACCCCUGUCGUCAGAGACCCACAGUGGAGAGGACGUGGCCAUAUUCGCGCGUGGCCCACAGGCGCAUCUGGUGCACGGUGUGCAGGAACAGAACUACAUCGCGCAUGUCAUGGCCUUCGCAGCCUGCCUGGAGCCCUACACCGACUGCGGGCUGGCACCCCAUGCCGGCCAGAGCAGUGCAGUGAGUCCAGGCUACAUCUCCAUCCUGCUAUGCCUGUUGGCAGGAAAAAUGUUGAUGCUGAUGGUGGCAGCUGAACCCUGACUGGACUGAACUGGACUCCCCUCCACUGUCCCACAGUUGGCUCAUUCAGUGCCUUCGGCCAGUAUUGUUUUCUGUGCUCUAACUGGAACCCCACUUCUAAUCUCAGAACUAACUUGGUUUGUCAGUUCUGCAACUGUACCUUAUAGUAUAGAGGCCUCUAACCCACUAGGCCUCCUGGCACUUUCCCCCCCGUAGAUUUUUGAGACAGGGUCUUGCCUAGAAUUCAGUCCACCAUCUUAGCCUCAGCUUCCCCAAAUCUGGGAUUAGGGUGCCUCAUCCUGUGUCUGGCUGCCAUAAAAAUGCAGAGCACUUACCUUCCUGAACCCGCCUUUGU